UCCAUGGCGAGUCAGCUUCUUCUUCCUUCUCGAACUCACCCACAUAUUCAUACCAUACGCGUCAUUUUUCAGACCUAUACUUAUAAAGAAAAUUCUCAGUAAUUUCGCCUCUCUCUCUCUACAUAUAUUAAAGUUGAACUUUACGAUUAAUUUCAUUGAUUUUGUUGUUGAGAAUCUCAAGAAAUCUGUUUAAUAAACCCUAGCGAAAAAUUGGAAGAUCCAUGGAGAAAACAACGAAGAACGAGGAGCCUGCGAUCGGAAUCCCGUACAACUCGGCGUACCAUGCGUCGGCGCCGCAGCAGCAGCAGCAGCAGUACUACGUGGGACAAAACCCUUACCAAAGUGGCGCCAUCCCUCCAAACGCCGUCGUUGGACACCCCAAGGGCAUUCCCCUUCUUCAGACUAUUUACCGUGAUACCCCUGCCCCUUUUAACUGUCUUCACUGCGGCGGUUCCGGCAUCACCACCGUCAAGUCGAAACCGAGUUUAGCUGCUUUUGUGGGUUGUAUGAUGCCGAUGAUGCUCGGAGUCUGCUUUCUUUGCCCUUCGAUGGAUUGUCUAUGGCACAAAUAUCAUUAUUGUCCAAGCUGCAAUGAAAAGGUUGCUGAUUUUGAGAAGACUGAUGCUUGUGCGGUGAUGGAUCCUCCGUACUGGGUACAGCAGAGUUUUGCAUUGCCUGCUUGACGCCGUUUAUUGGUCGUAUGUUGUGAUUAUAUAUUCGGUGGUGAACAGAAAAAUAGAGAAUGUAAUUCUUAUAGAUAUUAUAUGCACGCACAUACAUACAUUAAGCUUUGAACCCAAGUUAUUGCAGAAUCUUAUGAACUGUUGCAUUAUAUAUGUAAUGAAGGUGAGUGAGCCGUGUUCUUGUAAUUUUGACCGAGUAUCGUAUUGGUUUGUGGUACCUAUUUCUUCGGGGGUUUC